AUGGAGAAUUUUGAAAGGACUCAUGCAGAACGUAGACGUCGUCGUAGAGAAAGCACAAGGCCUGAACCCAAUAACCCUCCUCAUCCUACAUCUUCUAUAAGACAACAGGAAGAGAAUAAUCAUUAUGCAAUUCUUGACCAGCGACAUCAGCAAGAUAUUCAGCAGCAGCAGCACCUUCAUCAUCAGCUUGAUCUUGCAGAGCAGGCACAUCAUCUAGACCUUGAAGAGCAGGCACAUCAGCAUAACCUUGCUAUCCAACAAAAUAAUCAAGCUGUAGUGGCUCAUCAGGCUCUCCAAAAUCUGCCUCUAGGUCGCCGUCCAUAUCAAGAGCCUAUUGCACGUCACAGCCUUGGUCUUAUGAAUAUAGAAUGUGCUCACUAUCUUGCACUCCAUUUCUCUUCUGAACGUCUUACCAACUCCAGUCGUAUCCACCCUCGCUUUGGCAUGUGCUGCUUACAGGGUCAGAUCAGAUUGCCUGCAUUUUUACAACCUCCCCCAACCUUGCGCCGACUGCUUUGGGAAGGUGGUUCAGUUCCAAAAUUUUUUAGAGAUCAUAUCAGGCAGUACAACAGUGCAUUUGCAUUCACUUCUAUUGCUGCCAAGCUAUCAGAUCAUGUUACCUCUACCUCUGGGCCUUAUUCAUUUAAAAUUCAUGGGGAACUGUCUCAUAAGAUGGGAAGCUUGCUACCACCUAACAACAUCAAACCCUCCUAUGCUCAGCUUUAUGUUAUUGAUCCUCAGGCUGCACUUAAUGAGCGCAACAACAAUAAUGCCAACUUGAGAUCUGAAAUCAUGAAUGACUUGCAGGAUAUGUUUCAUACACACAAUCCUUAUGUUCCUUUGUAUCGUCAUGCCUAUCAAAUCCUGGCAGAAAAGAACCCUGGAGAGAAUGACAAGAUUUCAGCUCGCAUCACAGUCUUGCCUAAUGCCGAUCAUCGUCGCUAUAAUGAGCCUACUGUUGAUGAGGUUGCUGCUAUUAUACCUGGGAAUGGAGAUGAGGAAGUGGAUUUGCACAGAGAUAUUGUUGUCCGCUAUAACCAUGGAGGUCUAAAGCACUUUAGCCAUCUUCACCCUCACUACAGUCCCCUACAUUAUGUGACAUUGUUUCCACAUGGCGAACAAGGCUUUCAUCCCAAUAUUCCUGCUCAUCCUGGACCUAAUGGCCAAAUGCUCUCAUCCAAGGUGUCUCAGCGCUGUUAUUAUGCAUAUCGUCUUAUGCGCCGUUUGCUUGAACCUGAAACUAUCUUCAGAGCUGGCAAGCUAUUUCAGCAAUAUGUGGUUGAUGCUUGGGCAUCUAUUGAGUCUAGCAACCUUUUCUGGAUCAGGAACCAUCAGAAGGAGAUUAGGGCAGACAAGUACCAGUCAUUGUUUGAUGCCAUUCAUGCAGAAGCAGGUAUCAACCUAGGCCAACAAGGAAGGCGCAUAGUUCUUCCCUCCACUCAUGCAGGCAGUCCACGUUAUAUGUAUCAGCUUUUCCAAGACUCUAUGGCUAUCACUCGCCAUUGUCAUAAGCCAGACAUCUUCCUUACCAUGACUGCAAAUCCUAAUUGGCCAGAGAUUCAAAAAGAGCUCUUGAAAUAUGAUGAUGGUACAACUCAGAAUCCUUCUGAUCGUCCUGAUUUGGUGGCACGUGUCUUUGCACAAAAGAUGAAGGCUUUGCUCAAGGAGAUCAAGGAGGGCCUGUUUGGAGGGGUUGCUGGCAUGGUAUAUACCAUUGAGUUU